UUGUAGCACAGAUAGUAUUUAGGUGUUGCUGUUGCUGUUGGAACCACUACAAAGGAGCCAAUGUCGGUGUGCUUUCCAGUUAAUGAUUAUAGGACACUUUACUUCCAAGAGUACCGAAAUAUUAAAAGUGCGGACCCAGGCAUAUGCGACAACUUCAUGGGCUUGAAAGAUCAUCUGGACGGUGGAAUAGAUGCCAUCCAUGACCUGGAUUACCUACAUGUGGAGAGCACAGACCAACAGCUCGGUGCAACCUCACUGUGGUCUAGGAUAGAGAAGCCCAUAAUGGACAAAGUAAACUCCAGGAAGGAAGAUGGCUCGGCAAGCUCCGUGGAGGACACCACCUGCAACAGCUCCUUUGGGGAUUCAGAGGAGAGUGCUAGUUCUGACAGUGAGUCCGAGUACCUCAACAGCAGCACAGCAACGGACUCUAGUCCCUUGACAAAAACCCACCGGCAACUGUGCCGGUCACCAUGCAUGGAGCCAUCUGUGGUUAUUAGGACUGAGAUCGCACAGGAUCUAAAGCCAGAGGAAAGCCACGAGACACCCAAAGAGGACAAGAAACCACUGGACGUAGUCAGGGAGUACCAGACCAAAAUGGAAUUUGCCCUCAAGCUAGGGUAUUCUGAGGAGCAUGUCCAGCUCGUUCUGAGCAAGAUGGGCCCAGAGGCGUUGAUCAAUGACAUCCUGGGGGAGCUGGUGAAAAUGGGGAGCAUGUCUGAGGCUGACCAGGCCUUGUCGGGUGGUAGUGGUGGGGGCUGUGGUUCCUCAUCCUCCUCCACUUCGGCUUGUAUCUCAUCCUCUUCCUCCACAGAGUCACACCACCCCGACUCGCCUUCUCAAGAAGAGUUGUCUGACGACACAGACAACCUGAGGCCCAUAGUCCUCGAUGGCAGUAAUGUGGCCAUGAGCCAUGGCAACAAGGAAGUGUUUUCCUGUCACGGAAUUAAACUGGCAGUGGACUGGUUUUUGGAUCGUGGCCAUAAAGACAUCACAGUGUUUGUGCCCGCCUGGAGAAAAGAACAAUCUAGACCAGAUGCCCUUAUAACAGACCAAGAAAUCUUGCGGAAACUGGAAAGGGAGAAGAUACUGGUGUUCACCCCUUCACGACGUGUGCAGGGGCGGAGGGUGGUCUGUUAUGAUGACCGGUUCAUAGUCAAGCUCGCCUAUGAGUCGAACGGCAUCAUUGUAUCCAAUGACAACUACAGGGAUCUGGCCAACGAGAAGCCUGAAUGGAAGAAGUUUAUUGAUGAACGAUUGCUGAUGUAUUCCUUUGUUACUGACAAGUUCAUGCCACCUGAUGAUCCACUGGGUCGCCACGGCCCAAGCUUGGAUAACUUCUUGAGAAAAAGACCCAUUGUACCAGAACACAAAAAACAACCUUGCCCAUAUGGAAAAAAGUGCACUUACGGGCAUAAGUGUAAAUUUUAUCACCCAGAGAGAGGUACUCAGCCCCAGCGCUCUGUAGCGGAUGAGCUUCGUGCCAUAGCUAAAAACACAGCGGCCAAUGGAAUAAACGAAGGUGGGCUGGUCAAGAGUCACAGCAUGCCGUCAAGCUCCAAAUCCGACAUCAAGCGCACAGCACCAAAGAGACAGUCAGACCCCAGUAUCAGGACUCCAGCGUACCACGAGCUAGAAGAGAAGCUGAGCGCCAAAAUCAAAGCGGAGACACGCUCUGUUCCCUCGCCGGUUAUCAAAAGCAGUUCCCCUCAUCCUCAUUCUCAGAAACAUCAGCCCUCUGCCCCAACAAACAAUGGCCUUCAUCCCUCUCAAAGAGCAUCUAUGAUUGUGAACAAAAACCACGGGAUGCCCGUGGCUUACAACGAGCAGUACCCCAAAUGUGACUCCCCGGUUGACAUGAACUACUACUCCAUGGUUAAUGCAUACUCCAACCUGAGCAUCUCGGGGCCCAGGAGCCCAGAUAGGCAUUUUUCUGUCGACACAGAUUACCGGAUCAGCUCUGUCGCCUCAGACUGCAGCAGCGAAGGCAGCAUGAGCUGUAACAGCAGUGACUCUUACAUUGGAUACAACGAACGCUCUUACAUGAGCUCCCCAGACCCGCUGCUAGAGGAGAACCUCAAAUGUCAUCACCACCACCACCCACCUCCUCCUCCUCCUCCUCCUCAGAAUCGCCUUCAUUCACAGCCUUUUGGCCACAAUUAUUAUGAUGCCUUAGCCCGAGUUCAAAGUUUUGAGCAUGAGGAGCCGAAAUCUCAUCUUAAGCCAUCCAUUCCCUCCCUCCCCCCUCACCUACAACACCCAGUGGUGGGGGCCCGCUCUAGUUGCCCAACCGACUACCCUGGACCACAGAAUCACCAGCACUCCCAGACCAGAGCCUUGGUUUCGACUCGGAUUGACAGCCACUCUGACUCGCGACUUUACCACAACUCCCCACUGCGGCAAAGGAAGCCCCAUCCUGGCCAGGAGCACUUUGGGAGUUGGGACAGCCUGAGUUAUGGGAUGGAUGCUUAUGGCUACCACCAAGGCUACUCUUUACCCAGUAAACCCACGCAGCCUUGUUACGAGCAGUUCACAUUCCAAAGCUUGCCUGAGAACCGGGAUCAGUCCUGGAGGAUGCCCUGGGGACGCAGCAUGCCUCAGCAGGAGCCCCCAAAGCCUUCAAGAUAUCAGGAUAUCCGGGAGAAGGUCUUUCUAAACCUUUGCAAUAUCUUCCCACCCGACGUGGUGCAGAUGGUAAUGAAUAGGAGUCCUCACAUGAUGGAUGCUCAGCAGCUGGCUGCUGCAAUUCUAGCAGAAAAGACCCAACAAAGUUACUGAACGGGGACACAUCCGGUACAAAGUGAUCCUCGUUUUAUCUCUUCAGCACUAAUGCUAAGGGAGGUUUGCUACAAUAGCAUUUUGUAUUAUUAUUUUAAACUCUGCAAUGUGGUUAUGUUACAAGCAGCAAAAUACUUUGAAACCUGUAUAAAUAGUUAUAAUAGUUGGGAUAUUUUGGGAUUUCUUCUACCAGAAAUACCACACAUUUCUGUUGAAUAUAAAAUGCAGCAGUUUGGAUUUUUUAAAUGAAAAUUUAAAUGUACAGAAAAAAAAAAAUUUCUCACAGCAAUGGACUCCUUCCUUAAUUAGCCAUAAUAUACAGGCUUCACUUUAUAAAAAAA